UAGUUGGAAUUUCGCUUUUGAUCUGGUUGGUUGUGUUUUUGCAUCGCUCUUCGCCCGAUUGCAAAGCGAACGAAACAUGCAAAAGAAGCGCAGAACAUAGAAAAAAAAAACGCAAUCGCCGCUAAACGUUUUACAUACAAUUCAGCAAAUACAAACAAAAAAAACAAAAAUAUUCCUGCUCAACAAAAAUACAAAACCAAACAAAUUUUUCGCUCAUUUACGAGUGUGUGUGAGUGACAGUGUCUGUGUGUGUCAAGAUGUAAAAAAAUUAACUUGAUGACAAUUUUUUUUAUUGAUACUAGAAACGUGCGUUGUAAACUCAGCUCAGGUACUAAAAUUUAGUAAUAUCAAAUCAAAAAAAAAAAAAACAAAAAAAAGAACAAUCAAUAUACAAACAGAUAAAUAAAUAGACUGCAAUUUUAUACAACAAUUUUAUACAAACGCAAAAUGCAAGUCACGUGUGUGUGAGUGAGAUAGCAACAACAAAAAAUACACUGCUAGGAAAAAAGCGCACGUGCAACAAAAAAUAAAAACAUAUUUUUUAUGGCGCCGCGUCGCAAUCCGCAGCAGCAACAAAAAUCAGACUUUACAUCAGCGGUAACUGGAAGUGCAACAAACAUGGCGCCCAUGCAACAAAUGUUGAACGUGGGCGUGCAACUCACACGCUGCUGUUAUCCCAACGGUGAAUGUGGCAAAUUGGAUGCGCUGAUCGCACUGGACGAACAAGGGCUUUCGGAAUGUGUCCGCGUGCUGUGCAACAAUGAGAAUUGCAACGUGGGGCAGUAUAUGCAUCGGGAUUGCUUCGAUUUGUGGGAGGCGGGCGUGUUGCAACAACUGAAGAGCAGCGGCAGAGCGCGCAGCUGGUCGGAGCGUCAACGCGUGCAACAGCUGUGGACAAAGAAGGGCUACGAGUUGGUCGCUAAGAGUUGCAACUGCAAGUGUGGCAGGGGGCAGCUGCGCAAGGAUCUCGACUGGCUGCCACACGGUGGCAACAACAACAACAACAGUGGCAACAGUGGCUGCUUCAUCAGCGAGGACGAUGACAAGAAAAAGGCCAAAAAGAAGCGCAAUCGCAACAGCAACAACAACAACAAUAGUGGCAACAACAACAACACCAAUGGAGGCAGUGGCAAGUCUGUUGUGGCAUCUGUGGUUGGUGGCAACUUGACGCCCAAUCCCAAUGUGGGCGUCAUUGGCUCCGGCUUGCCCCACAACAACAACAACAACAACUCUAAUAAUAAUAUCGGUGGCAACAACAACAACAACAUUUUGCAGCCCAGCGUCGUGGCCACUUUGAGCAACAUUCUCAUGAGCAGCAACAACUGCAACACCAACAACAACAACAUCAACAAUCACAACAAUGUUUUGGGCCUCGAUUUGAGGAAUCGCGCUGGAAGUUUGUCUUCCAGCGGUUCCAGCUCCCCAUCGGCCUCGCAAUCCAGCGCUGACAUUUCGCUGUCGCCCGUGCAACAGCAGCAGCAACAACAGCAGCAUCAGCAGCAACAGUUGCACUUGCAACAACAGCAAUUGCAGCUGCCUGCAACCAUCAAUAACAACAACAGCUUUCCCAGCUUGUUGCUUCAACACAACGGCUUGAACCUGGCCAAGAGCAUCUUGCCACAACAACAGCAACAGCAGCAACAACAACCGCAACAGUUGCCACAGCUGCCCGCUUUGGCCAACAUCAGCAACUUUAAGCCUCUGGCCAGCUACGAUCAACAGCAGCUUCUACAGCAGCAGAAGAACAAAGAAGUCGAACUCUAUUCGGAGCGUGUUCGCUCGACAUCUGGUUGCAAUGGCAUCUUCUCACGUCGCCUGGAUUUCUCAUCAUUCAAUUUGCUGCCAAAGACGCGUUUGAAUUCUUAUCAAGUUAAGAUUGAGGACGAGGGCAAUCAUGGCAACGACGAAACACGCCUCUUCAUACUCUCCUCGCUGGCCCAGUCGCAGAUGAGUCGCGUUGCAUGCAUUUUGUGCGAGGAGCCGUUGCUUGUAUUCGAUCGCUAUCCGCUGGUCGAUGGCUCCUUCUUUCUCAGUCCCAAGCAGCAUUCCAGCGGCUGCAUUGAGGUCAAAUACGAGGGACGCAUGCUCUACUUGACCUGUGUGUGCAUGAGUUGCCUCGACGGCACCUCCAGCAGUCGUGUCAUCAGCUGCCGAUUCUGCAGCGAGCCCUGGGAUGGCUCCAGCCUGGUGCUGGGCACCAUGUACGCCUAUGACAUCUUUGCAGCCAUGCCCUGCUGUGCCGAUCGUUUCAAGUGCAAUAACUGCUUCAAGAUGCUGAUGCAUCCACAGAAGCGUCUGAGCUUCUACAGCGAUUACUCGCACGGCGUCACCUGCCCCUAUUGCAACACACAGGACACACACUUUGUGAAGCCGCUGAACUUCUGCUACACCAAGAGCAAUGCGACGCGGUUGCAGGCGAUCGCAUAACAUGAGGCCCCGUUGGAGUCUCCAACGGUGCAAGGCGCAACAGCAACCACAGCAAAUGCCGCCAGUGCCAAUGGUGCUUCAACGGACCCCAAGCAGCCGCUCUACAAUGCGGCCAUCGAUUAUUCGGCCCCGCUACAGCAGCAAAUCAAUCCCGAUCUUAUUGGCGCCCAUCCACAUGCCCAGCAACAUCAGCAGGUAAGGCAGCAGCAGCAGCCACCACAACAGCCGCAGCAGCAACAGCAACCAACAACACAGCAACAACCAGCUAUUGCUGCUGUCAAUCAACCAGCAACAGCAGCAGCCACAGUUGCAGCAACCACGCAACGUGCAAAUGAGGCUGCUUAUUUGGUGUCAGCAGCAGCUGCACGUGCUGCCAGCUACCAGCAACAACAGCAGCAGCAACAACAACAACAGAAGCUGACCUUCACAAACAGCCUAAUGGCCAUGGCGGAUGUAAUGAGCAAGUUUCAACAGCAACAGCAGCAUCACCAACAACAACAGCAGCAACAACAGCAGCAACAGCAACAGCCACACAAACCAUUGGGCCACUUGAAUCUUGGCCAUGAUGCCAACGGCCUUUUAUUGACCAACAUGAACGGCAACAACAACAACAGCAACAACGGUGUUAGCAGCAGUAUUAGUAACUUAUUAAUUAGCAAUAAUUCACACAACAACAGCAAAGUGAGCAACGCCUGGUCACAGCCCAUGGCCCAGGCGGAGGCCAUCUCGGCCUUGUGGGGCUGUGCCAGCAAUGCCUCGACAACCGGCUCGACCAGCGGCUGUUCAUCGGGCAGCGGCUCGCAGCCAUCGCUGAGUCCGACGAGCAGCCACAGCAAGGAGUUGCUCUGGGCCCAGACGUCGCCCAAUUGCGCCCAACUCAGGGAGAAUUUCUAUGCGGCCAAAGAGCUGUUGCCGCAUGCUGCAUCGCCCACCGCAUCGUUGACCAGCUCAUCGGGCGCCUCCUCCACAGGCGGUUGGGGCACCUCCUCGAAUGUUGCUGUUAAUGCCCAUUAUGCCAAGCUGAGUGCUGCCCAAAAUAUAUGGGAGUUGCCGCCAGCCAACAGCAACCACAACAGUCACAAUGCAGCUCAACUCGCACCCGAUAUGUUCAGCGAUCUCUUGUGCAAUCUGCACAUCGGCCAGGAUGGCAAUCAGCACAGCAACAACAUCAACAACAUUAGCAGCAACAACAUCAACAACAUGAAAGCUGAUGCUAACUCUGAUGUUAGCUCCAACUCAUCCUCCUCGGCUGGCGAGCUGGAGGUGGCCAACAUUUGGCGCCACAGCGCAGCACACAAUGUGCGCCAAGUAUUGUUCGAGGAGCCAACUGGAGUUGCGCCCUGCAUGCAGCUCUUUAAUGAUUAUCUAAACAUGAACUAAGCGAAACACACACACACACAAAAACACAACAGAUGAAAACAAAAAGCGAAUGUUACUCUAGCAAAAUUUAACAGAGAAUAGUAACAACUUACCGUAACAGUAGCAGUAACAUUAACACUAGCAGUAACAGUAACAGUAAUAGAAGCUGUUAAAUUAACAGGUAGAAGCAACCGCCAGCAGGCACAGGCGUCUUGCUGAAUUUCCAACUAUGUACUUUUAGAAAUUUACACAAAAAACAAAACGAGAGACGAGAAAAAUGAAAAGCUCGCCUGUGUGUGUAUUUUUAUUUAAUACAAUGAAAAAGCGAUUUUACACAAACGAGGUAAAAGCAAAAUGAUACAAACACUUCAUCUAAAAACAAUUUUCUUGUUACUUUUGUUGAGUUUAAUCAUUUUUACAUUUACAUAUUACACUAAAAAUCAUAUUAAAAAACAAAAAAAUCAAACAAAAAAAGAAAAAAACCCUAAAUGAAAGCAAUUUUUUAGUUUUAUUUUAUAAAUGCAAAUUUUUAUAUAAGGACCAACCAAAAAAGAAAAAAAGGAAAAACAAAACCAACACAGGAAAAAAAAAUGCGAUUCACAUCACGCGCAUUAAUCUUCGCAUAGUUUUUGAGGGGUUUCUUUUUUAAAUAUUAUAUAAUUUAGCAAAGAGAAAAACUAAUUGCAAGCAAAGCAUUUUAUGUUCGUUGAAUGAAAUGAAAAUUGCUGUGCUGCUCAAUAACAACUACAACAACAACCACAAAAAAUAUUAAUAAUAAUGAUAUAGAAAUAUACGCAUGAAUACACGUGCGUAUACUUAAACGAUAUACGAGUAUAAUAAUCGAAUGAACGGGAAGAAAAUGAAAAACAAAAUUUUGCUACAUUUUAUAAAACAUAAAUUUACAUACGAAAUUAAUCGAUAAGUUUGCACAUCUUUACCUAAACAAUUGGUAAUUAUUUCUAGUUUUUAGUAAGCGAAUUGGAAAAACAAAACACGCCCCCACUCCCCCAACUCCCCCUAAGAAAAACAUCAACAACAACGACAACAACAAAAUCACUUUCUCAAAGCCCUUUCCAAAGUAAAAACAAAACGAGUUCGAUAUAAAAUUUCAUACAUAUUCAGAACGAUAACAAUUAUCGAUGACAAUUAGCGGUACAUGCAAAAAAAUAUAUAAUAUGUAACAGUUCCCAGCGUCCACCCGUCAGCCAUUGCAAAGGUAUUUUAAAAUACAUCCAUUGCCCGCCCAUCCUAUGAUAUAAGUUUUAACCAAACAACAAACAGCUUCAGCAACAACAACAACAACAAAAAUUUUCGGCGCAGCGUGAUCAUUAAUUAGUAAGUUUUUUAAGUAAGAUAGUGAACCCAAAUUAUAGGAGUGUUCUAGUUCGUAGGCAUUUCAUUUUCUAUUGGCUAGGUUAUUGAAUCAUUUCCCUUGUACUAUGUACGAGUAAUAUUUAGGUCUCCCUCUAUCCCCACACCCCAUCUCCCCCUACCCCUACCCCUAUCUCUGUCUAUGUGUAUCUAUCUUUAAACUAACUAUGUGUCUAUAUAUCUAUUGUAGUAUUGUAGUAAGGCAAGGCAACUUAGCAGAACAGCCGUAUGUGAUGGAUCUCUGUAAAGUGUUUUGAUUUGUGUGCUUUGCACUCACUCACUCACGACGCUAUCGAUAGGUUUAAUAGGAUUAAGCAAGUUUUCUAAAUUUUAUAUACGAGUAUUUACGAGGUAUGCAAACAUCCCACGAUUUAAAGAGCGGUUCAAUGUUUCCUGUUUUGUCUUUAUUUUUUGUGCAUCAAAAAAGUCACCAAUUUCCCUCCCCCAUUUUCCCUGCCCCCCAAACACAUCAUUAUUAUGUAUAAGUUUUAUUAUCCCUCCCAUUGAUUCACUUUGUUCUCAACUCAAAAUUGUGUAAAAUUACUUAAAGAUUAAAAUCUUUACUUUUAAUGCAAUUAAAAGAAAAACCAAAUUUGAUAUAUGACCCAACUGUGACAGAAAGUUUUCACCGACCAAAACUUGUAAAACUAUGGAGCAGCAGACACUGUGUUUAAUUUCUCUGUGCAUAACGUUCGCAACGAACAGAUCUUGAGAUCAACUAUCUGUGAACUUCGGAACAGUGAAAACUGUCCCUACUUUCUGUGCAUAGCGUUUGAAACAAACAGAUCUUAAGAUCAUCUAACUAUCUGUGAAAUUCGGUACAACAGAAACUGUGUUUAAGAUUUUAUGUCUGUGCAUAACGUUCGCAACGAACAGAUCUUGAGAUCAACCAUCUGUGAAUUUCGAAACAGCAGAAACUGUGUUUAAGCUCAUAUGUCUGUGCAUAGCGUUCGCAACGAACCGAUCCUAAGAUCAACUAUUUCCAUAAGUUUCGUCAAACUGUCUGUGAAAUGCGACGCUUUCCUACGAUUCCAUUUGAGAAUCCCCAAAGUAGGCUGAAGCGUUGCACUCCCCUAAAAUUUCAACUGUGAGUGUUUAACAUAAACAAAAAUUUUUCAAAAAUUUAAAAAUCAAUCCCCUCUCUCGACCCUGUGUUAAACAUUUUGAGAAAAUGUCUAAACUGACCCCCAAAAAUCCCUCAAACCAAAAUUGCCUCGAUAAAAACAGCCAAAACUGUGAAAAACUAAAAUCCCCUUGAUAAAAAUAUGUGUUAAACAUUUCAAAUGCAUUGUCAAUUUGUGAGUUGCCGUUCGUCAGGAACGAAAUUUUUCUAAAAAAUUCAAAACCCAACCUACAAAUAACUGUGAAUGCGUUUAGGAUAAGUAAGUUUUCCGUUUGUUCAUUUCGAAUAUCCUUUUUUUCUGUAAUGUGAUACAAUUUUGAUAUUUCUCCCCCAACUUGUGAAACCUACGCAGCGUAAAUAAUUUUGAAAAAAUUACAAAACAUUUAAGAGCAGUGUGAUAAAGUUGAUAUUAUAUAUAAAGUACCCCGUUGAAUAAUCCCCCCUAUCCCCCUCCCCAUUGGUGACUUUUGGCAUGGUUGAUCUUGAAAUACCUUUAAAGUUGAUUCAGCUGGCGUCUGGGAUUAGGCUACUAAUAAAUUACAUUGCAUGUGCCGCGUUUUCCAAUACUUGAAAUAUAGGCAUCUAGAUUUGCCGCCAUUUAACAUACCAAAUAAUACAAGUAAUUAUACGAUGAAGCGUACAUUUUCAGAAAAGUAGAAAGCAGAAUGAUGAUGAUGAUGUAAGUCGGAAUGGGAAAAUCGAAGUGAUAGUAACUUUUAUAUUCACGAUUUCAACGAGAGAAGCUCGUUUGCAUACUUACCUAUAUAGAAUUAUGCUUAAGUUACAAGUAAAACAAAAACAAAACAUACAAUCUAUACCCUAAACCUAUUUCUAAAGAAAAAAACCCAAACCCCAUCAACAAAACUUUUUGGCAUUUAAUUGAGAGAGUCGUAUAUGAGGCAAAACUCUGCUUUUGUAUAUGAUUUUCGUCUAAAUUUAAGAUUUCAAUUACGUAUAUAGUUCAUACAAGAAAAACACAAUUAUAUCUAGAAAUUAAUGAAGAUUAUUUAUAGGCAAACAACAACACACAUACAUACACCUACACACCAACACACACACAUAUACCUAUAACUACUACAUACAUAGUUGUUUCGAUAUUUAAUUGGCAUUAUAGAACGAUGCAACAACCCUAUAUGCAAGGUCGAAGGCAGCAGCGCACCACCAACUACCGUUUAAGUCAGCCCGUGUUUUUAGUUUAGACGCCCAAUUUUUAUUUAGUUUUGAAUUUUAUUUUUGUUUUAGUUAAAUGUGCAAGUAAAAGUAAAAGUGUUAAACUAUAUAACUCUUAACUCUAAUUGACAUCUUGUUAAACGUAUGCAUUGAGUGCAAAAGUUGAAACAGUUGGACAGUUGAAACAAACAUACAUACAUCAAACUAAUGCCCACCUCAGCCACCAAGAAAACGUAAAUUAAAAUACACUAAACGAAUUAAACGAAAUAAUAAUAAUAAACCCAAACUAAACGAAAACUCUUAAUUAAACUAAAAUAAUAGUCAGACUUUCAGUUCUACCCAACGCAAAAUAGCAAUACAUAAACAAUUUAACUAACUAAAUGAAAACAUUUAAAUGUAAUUUAUAUUACCUCCUUAGCAAAAAUCAAUAACAAAUGUUUUAAUAAUUAACAAUAACAGUAUAAUACGUAAAUUUAAUAACCAUAAUAAUAAACACAAAAGAAUACUUAAAACUUAAAUGCAAAACAAAUGAAGACAGUUUCUGUUUAGUGUUAUUUAAAAAAUUUAAAAAACAUUUAUAAAACCCAAAAUAUAACUACAUAAAUGAAAGCAGAUAUACUUUUAUUAUUAUUAUUAUUUUAUUUCGAAACAUGAAAACAAAAGAAAAAAAAAAACAAAUUAUUUGCACGCUCUUCCCAGUCAAAUUCUCAUCUUCAAUAUUUCGAUUUCAAUAUUCUAAAUCGUGUGAAUGGAUCCAACAGCAAAAUGCUUAAACUUACACCAAAAUUCUUUAAAAUCAAUUUUUGAAAGCUCCCAACGCUUGCACUAGAUCAAGUUUCAAUCAUUUUGAGGACUUUCAUCGUAGCAUCCACGAGCUCUCUCAGAUCAUCUGAUGACGAAAUGUACAAAUUGGUAAAGUUUAGGCACUUUGAACUGGAUGGAAGAAAAACCAUCACAAACUUUCUUUAAUCAAGGAAAAGCGUAGCAAAUGUUUGUUUUUAUUUUUUAACACUUAUCUGAAUGCACACCUCAUUAAAAUCAAACUUUAGUAUGAUUUCCUAAAAAAAAACAUAUAAAUGCACAUGCCCAAGAAUCAUCUUUGAAAUACAAAAUUUAGCACAC